CCUAAUAUCUGGAGAUCAAUUCGAUAUGGCAGUCGCUAAGAAGUUCAGAGAGUAUCUGAGCCCAGGUGGUACCUCUGAGGGAGAGCGGAAGUUGGUACAGAAGCUCGACUUCUUCAUCUUGACCUUUUGCUGUUUAAUAAGUAACCUUACCAACGCAUAUGUCUCUGGUAUGAAAGAAGAUCUCGACUUCAAAGGCAAUGAACUCACACAAAUCAAUACCGUCUUCACUNGCUAUGUCAUUGGUCAGAUUCCCUCAAACAUCGCCCUCUACUACAUCAAGCCUAGGAUCUUCUUCCCUUCCAUGUUGAUCGUGUGGGGUGCAUUGACUAUGGUCACGGCUGCCACUCACAACCCUCAGUCGAUCAUGGCCAUUCGCUUCUUCCAAGCAUUGGCCGAAUCAAGCACCUUUGUCGGCACACACUACAUACUAGGAGCAUGGUACACCGAGCAAGAACUUGGUAAACGCAGCGGCAUCUUCACAGCAUCCGGUCUUGCUGGAACCAUGAUAGGAAUCCAUUCCUCCAUGGACGGCUUACAAGGACUCGCUGGAUGGAGAUGGUUGUUUAUUGUGGACGGCUUAUUGACUAUUCCGGUGGCAACCUAUGGAUUCUGCUUGUUCCCUGACACUCCGCAAACGACCCAAGUGCCAUAUCUCUCCGAAGCCGAGCGUGAGCUUGCUCGCUCCCGUGUCCCUCGUCAUGUCCACCGCGCACCCUUCAACUGGGCUUUUGUCAAGCGAGUCUUUGGUUCCUGGUAUUUCUACGGCUUCGUCAUGCUAUGGAUCAUUGCUGGCGAGACCGAGUCCUUCUCGUCAAACUCUCUGCUCGCUUUAUACAUGAAAGCACAUCCGGAGCGCAAGUACACCGUCUCGCAACUCAAUAAUUAUCCCACUGGUGUUCCUGCUGUCGGCAUUGUCUCCACGAUCUUUUGGGCUACACUUACGGACUUCUUGGGCGGCGAAAGAUAUCUCGUUGGAUACUGGAUCGGUAUUACCGGUAUCAUUACAUCGGCGAUGAUACUUGCACCUUCUGCCACCACAGCAUCGACGUUCGCUGCAUACUACUGGGCGGGAUCUGUCUAUGCUUCAACUUUUUUCGCAUGGGCAAAUGAUGCUCUCCGCUAUGAAGAAGACAGUCUUCGUGCUGUUGUGAUCGCAUCCAUGAAUGCAGGUAGUGGUGCCGUGAACGCAUGGUGGUCCAUCAUAUUCUACUCUGCAAACUUUGCACCAAAAUUCACUAGAGGAAUGUGGGCGAUGAUUGGAUGUUCCAUCGCAUUGGCGAUUUGGACGGCAGGAGUCACUUGGAUGUGUGUGCGGACAGAAAAGAAGAGGAUCAGUCAGGGCGUAGAGGCUUGUAGUGGCGAUGUUGUGGAUGAAGUGGUCAGUGUGGAUGGGAAUGGUACUGAAAAGGCG